AUGGCUGAAUUAAUUGCGGUCCCGUUGAAAAAACCGUCUGAUGUUGAUAUCGUUAAACCGUUGACGAACGUAAUUAAAUCGACGUACAGCAAUGCGAGCAAUCAGAAAGAUUAUACGGAGGCAAUAACGGAAUUCAGUAAACUAAGGAACAACGCUUUGUGGCGAGCUUUCGAAAAGUAUGAAAGUUCACUGGAGGUUAUAUACAGCUACUAUGAUCAACUGUGCGCAUUGGAGGGCAAAAUACCUGCCCACGAACUGCAGAUUCCAUUUAAAUGGAAAGAUGCAUUUGAUCGUACUAUAUUUGGUGGGAAACUUAGCCUGACAAUUAGCACACUAGCAUAUGAAAAGGUGUGCGUGUUAUUCAAUAUUGCUGCUCUACAAAGUUCAGUUGCAGCGACGCAAUCCUUAGAAAGUGACGAAGGGUUGAAACUAGCUGCGAAGCUUUUUCAACAAUCAGCUGGGAUUUUUAAUUAUCUUAAAUCGAACGUUAUGAUGGCUAUUCAACAAGAACCAACACCGGACAUCAGUCCGGAAACGUUAGGUGCUUUGUCUGCCUUGAUGCUUGCUCAGGCUCAAGAGAUAUUCGUGCACAAAGCAAUUCACGAUGCUAUGAAGGAUGGAAUUGUUGCCAGAUUAGCUGCACAGGCUGAAGAAUUGUAUGCAGAUGCGUUAAAAUUAUUCCAAAAGGAAAUUUUCAGGGCAUUCUGGGACAAGGAAUGGAUUCCUCUGAUUGCGGGCAAGCAAGCUGGGUAUCGGGCAAUGACCGAGUUUUAUCAGUCGUUGGUGUGCAAGAAUAACAAGCAAAUUGGUGAAGAAAUUGCACGACUAGAGCAUUCCGUGGAGUUGUUCAAAGCUGCGCAACAGCGUUCGAACAAACCUAAUUUAUUCCAAGAUUAUGCUAAUAGAGCUCAGAGAAAUCUCACGGAAGUGAAGAAAGACAACGAUUUCAUUUAUCAUGAGAGAAUACCGGAUAUUAAAUCAUUGGAACCGGUUGGAAAGGCUAGUGUCGCGAAAUUGAUAACAAUGCCUGAAGUCUUUAGCGCAAAUUUCAAAGACUUGUUUGCUGAUUUAUUACCCGUUAGUGUACAUCAAGCGAUGUCAUCGUACGAUGUUCGCCGCAAUGAAUUAGUUAAUUCGGAAAUUUCCAAACUGCGCGAGAUGACGCAAGUCUUAAACGGUGUGUUGGCAAGUUUAAAUUUGCCGGCAGCUAUCGAGGACACAAGUGGCACCCAACUGCCUCAAUCUGUGUUAGAAAAAGCCCAGUACAUAAGAGACGCGGGAGGAAUUAAAGCUUUGGAUAACGCCACGAAGGAAUUACCUGAUCUAUUGCAAAGAAAUAAAGAACUUUUGGACGAGUGUGAUCGAAUGCUUCAAGAAGAACGUCAGUCUGACGAUCAGCUGCGAGAACAGUUCAAAGAGCGCUGGAACAGAACAGCUAGUAGUAAUUUAACACAGCAGUUCCAUACUACUUUACGCAAGUACCGUGAAAUAAUUAAUAACGCUGUCUCGGCUGAUAAGAUCGUACGUGAGAAGUAUGAAACGAACAAGGAGGGAAUGGAAAUUUUAAGUUUAGAUGAAAGCGCAUUGAUCAAUGUAGUACCAACAGGCUCAGCGGUUCAAGAGAGCAAUACGGUCGCCCAACUUAGAAGUCUAAUGGAAAAUGUCGAAGCAUUGAAAACAGAGCGCGACGUAAUAGAGAGUGAAUUAAAGUCUGCUGUUACCGACAUAAAGUCUACAUUCUUGUCGGCGCUCGCAAAGGACGGUGCGAUCGACGAACCAAAUUUAUCCGUCGAAACUUUAGGGAAGACGUACGGACCUUUACAAAAACAAGUGAGGGACAGUAUUGCGCGUCAGGAACAACUGAUCGCUGAGAUUCAAAGGUGCCACGCAGAAUUUACAGCCGAGCAGUCUGGUACCGGUAGCGCGAGAGAGGCAAUGUUAUGUAAAUUGGCAGCUGCUUACGACGCAUUUAAAGAGUUGAAAGGCAACUUGAACGAAGGUGCUAAGUUCUAUAAUGACUUGACGCAGUUGUUGGUAGUCUUCCAAAACAAGAUAUCGGAUUUCUGUUUCGCCCGGAAAACCGAGAAGGAGGAACUACUGAAAGACUUGACGUCGAAUCUGAGUCAACCCGGUCCAGUUACCACUCCCAACAUUCCAGCGCAUCACGGAGGAGCAUCCGGGCAAUCCGAGACGGAAAAGAGUGGAUCGUCGCAAUUGCCGUAUCCGACAACUUUUCAAGGGAUGCCUGUACCAUACGGAGCUGGUCCCACGACACCGUACCCUGCAUAUAUUCCACCUCCUAUGCCUGCUACUUAUAAUCCGUACGCGACGAUGCCUUAUCCCGCACAAGGAAAUUACAAUCCGUACCAGGUAAUGCCGCCAAACUCUUUCGGUGGAUUUGCUACUUUGCCACGUUACGGAAGUCAGCAUCCUCAUCAGGGACACCAGUAUUGAAAGGAGGAGGAUACUUUGCACGUAUCGCUUAACGUAGCCAUGUGAAACUUGUAAGAAUAAGGGUAAGCUUAUACCUAUUUAAUAGCAUAAGUAAUACGAUCUGUCGAACACCGAACAGUAAAAGAGGAACAUGUUGAAUAUGAAUUUUGAUGAAAUGAUAUAUUCCUUGAUUGUUAUACUUCACGUAGUUGAAUUUUUAUAUAGAACGCGUCGAUCAGUGAUGUAUUCUAAGCUUUAAGUGAUGCUUCAGGCGAAAAUAUUUGAAACCAACGAUGCUCGUGCAAUUUAUAAAUAUAUUUUUUAACAUAAUAUAUAACAAGUGACUAUAAUGCCUACGAAUCGCAAUUAUUUUGUUGCUGUGAGGACAUUUUUACUUUUUUUCACAUUUGCAAACAUGCAAUCUUAUUUAUAUCGUCAGUACUUUGUUGCACAAUAUUAUACGCUUUUCUUUCGCUACAAAUUGAUCUACGAAUUACGUUAAAUUCAAAGCAAACAUCUUCUGGAAUUUAAUUAUGCUUUCAAUUAUAAACAUGACGUUCAA